AUGGAGUCUAGCGACAUUACUGAAUAUCCAUUUGAGCCAUUCGUCCUCUUAACCUCGAGGCUGAUUAUUCUUCCAACGCCACACGCAGUCUCCUUGGAUACUUACAGAACGCUCUAUGCCAGCCUACAUGCAGACACGAACUUCUGCCAGGUAGCAUUUGGACAUCAUUUCCCGGCCAGGAACUGGAGCGAUGACGAAACACGAGAGGUAAUCGAGACUCGCGACAUUGCCCGCUCCUGGAAGAAGCAUGGCUUGGGCGAUUUUGCCCUGGGACGUUGUGUGUCAUCGGAGACCAAGUAUUCUGUUGAUGAUGAAAAUCACUCGGGUAUUUCAAUCCUCGAAGGGGUCAAUUUCGAAGACUUUGCCGGACCAGAUAUGCAAGCCCUCCGUGAGAUAGAAUGGAUUGGUUACGCGGGCCUUCGCGAUGCAUCCACAACCUCGCUUCCUCCCCGAGAACCAGGCGACCCAGAACUACCACCAUGGAAUGAGAUGAUCGAGCUGCGGUACGGCCUCACGCCCAAAGUCUGGGGUGGAGGCCUUGCUAAAGAGGCAGCGAACGCGAUUAUGCAAUGGUCCAUUGAUAAGAGAGGGGUGAAGAGGUUCAUUGCUGAGACAGAGCGGGACAACCAACGAAGUGGAAGGCUUCUGCAAAAGCUGGGGUUCGUGGUGAGUGAGACAAACUAUUGGAAAGAGCCUAGCGAGAUCGAAUGGGAACUUGUUGUUGGUCGCUCUGUAUAG